AUGGAUUUUGAAACUUUUAACACAGAUGAUCUUCUCAGAGAUAUCGGCCUUCUCUCUCCUAAAGACCAAAAAUCGAACCCAAUAGCCCUUUCUGAAACUUUAAAUUUAGACACCCUCCCAUCAACAAACUCCAAAGGUGCAGAACUCCUCAUAGUUUCCAUUGAUAUCGGCAACGGCAGCAAAGACAAUAUAAUAGUCCACGAAAACGACAAUAUUUCCCUCCUCGUCAAAAAUUUUUCUACCAAACACAACCUCACCCAAGAAACCGAAGCAGGGCUCAUAGCCCAAAUAAAAUCAAACUUAUACACAAAAGAAACUGAAACAAAGCAGCAAAUCAGCAGAAAAGACUAUGCAAAACAAUGAAGUGAGGAGCUAGAUAAACGGCUAUUUCGGCCUCCUUCAAACCACCCUUCUAUAUGUGAACAAUCACGGAAAAUCAUGCAGAAAAAAAUUGUCCCAAAUGUUUACGAAAGACUACAUAAUGAUUCUUUAAAAAAUAAAAUAAAGCAAAUUUCAUCACAAGAAAAUACAGUAAAAACUAGGCCAGAGUCCACAGAAAGGUCAGGGAGAUCAAUAGAAAGAUCAGGCAGAAACAAUUCUUGUGAAAGGCUAUAUAACCAAGGAAUGCUCAGCAAGCAAAAAGCUGCAAAUCAACGUGAAAAAAUAAAGCUGCAAAGAGAAGAAGAGCUCAACAAAGCCUUAACUUUCCAUCCAGAAAUAAAUAAAUUAUCAAAAUCUAUAGUAAGAGACUAUAAAAAGCCUGAAGAUUCUUUUUAUUUGCAUGAAAAACAUAAGCAUGAAUUUAUAGAAAAAGCUAAAGGCGAAAAAUUGUCAAGAGAGCAGGAAUUUUGCACUUUUAACCCUGAGCUGAACCAAAUGACAGAAAAAAUUCUCAGGAAAAGAUAUAAGCCUUUAUCAAGAAAUAAAUUCAGCGAACUAUAUGAAGAGGCUAAAGAACGAGAAUGGAGACAACAAGAAAUCGCGAGGUCUUUGUAAGCUUUAUUUAGUUAUGAGGCAGAAUUCCCAUUCCAGCCAAGUGUAAAAUUAAAUAGCCAAAGGACUGAUCCGAAUGAAUUAAUUGAUAGGCUAGUAAAUUCAAGAAAAGAAAUAGAAGAGCAUAUAAGGAAAGAAAGGGUCAAAAGAAAUGAACUAUGUGACCCAAGCACAGGCCAAGAGUUUUUUAGACCUAUAACUGGCAGAGCUCCUUCUACAAGGCAUAAAGAACUUCCAAUAUGGGACCAUUUGUAUAGCCAAAGCAAAAGCAAUCGAGACAGCGAAUUUCAGUCAAAUUUUCAGUCACAAAGAGAAUUUAACCCAAAAUCUGACGAAAUUUAUAGCAAGCUGAAAUAUGACAGAUAUUUGUAUAUUUUUCAGAAUUUAAAGCCAGAUUUAAAUGGAGAAAUCAGCGCUGAAACUAUAAAAAUGCAUACAGUGGAUCCUGCUAUAUAUAAAGUUAUAUCCCCACUCAUGGAAGAGCUAGAAAUGGUAGAAGUUACAUUGGAUUUUGAUGAGUUUUUUGAUAGCUUAGAAAACCUUAUGAAGGUAAAUUUUAUAUAGGCUUUAACCCCUGAAGAAAGAAAUGUUGUUUUAUCUAGAGGAAAAAGAGAAAACUCAGCCAGAAAUACCCCACAAAAAUCAAGAUCGUCGUCAGUUAAAACUAUACACAAAUUUUAUGAGAGGAGCUUGGAAUUUAAACAAAAAGUUGAUAGAAAAUUAGAAGAAGAGAGGAAAAGGAAAGAACUGGAAGAGCUUAAUGGCUGUACUUUUCAUCCAAGAAUUAUCCCGUAUAAAAGCGAGUUUGAAAAUGAAGAGUCCUAUGAGAAUUUCCAAGAAAAUUUUCCAGCGAUUUCUUAUUGUUAUGUCUAA